UGUGACAAGCAAAGUGACAUAGUUAACAACUUUGUUUGGUUAAGAUUAAGAGUGUGGUGGACUGUUGAUUAAAAGAUCUGUUAAAAUCUGUUCAAGCUCUGCUUCUGACGUUAAGAAACUCUGUGUAGUCACUCUGUAAUCUUUCGCAAGUGACAACUUUAUCAAUAAUGAGGUAAUGCAACACGUGAUGUUUCUCCCGGUCAGUCGUAUCAGACACCACUGGGUACAUCAAGGUGACCUACAUCAGCAAGUAGCCUUGAAACGCCGGGUUGUUAUUUAGUUAUUAGUCUCAGUUCUGAGCCACGCGCACCUUUAGUGAACCAACAAUCGUUAGAGGUGCCUGUUGCAAGACUCACUUCAGAUUCCCAGGACAACAACAAUGUCCACUGUCCUGACACUACUGUGUCUCUGUAGCCUCACCUUGUGGACCACCACGGAUGGCAAGGUGUUGACUCCACAACUGACUUCCAAAAUUGAGGAGUUCGUGGAGAACCUCAUGCAGUGUCGUAAAGGGGUCGGACUUUCAUUGGCCGUCGUCAAGGGUAACGAGACCUGGACUCGAGGGUUCGGCAUGGCCGACAAAGCCUCCGGACGACCGGUUAACUCCUCCACGUUGUUCGGCAUCGGCUCUGUGACCAAGGCCUUCACCUCAACCUUCCUGGCCAUGUUGAUUGAGGAGAGCCAGGGAAAGUACACAUGGCAGACUCCGAUCAAAGACAUCCUUGGCAAUGACUUCAAGCUGGGAGACGAGUACCUCACCAGUCACGUGACAAUCAGGGACGUUCUGCUGCACAGGACAGGACUAUCCGCUCCCCUGACUCCCUUAUUCGCUGGAUUCCCGCCUACAGUCACCAGAGAACAGUUUGCAAACCUACUUCAGUAUCUGCCGAUGUCAGGACUAUUUCGUGACGAGUUUAACUACAACAACUGGAUGUAUGCACUGGCCGGGAGGGUCGGUGAGGUGAUGGGUGGAGCAUCCUGGGAGGAACUUCUACAUCAACGCAUCUUUCAGCCUUUGCAGAUGACUGACAGCCGGGUCAUCGGAUACAAUGUCGAGGUGGAUGCCGACAUCUUCGCCUUGCCUUAUGUUCAGCUCAGGAAUGAAAUCGUGCUGUCCUGACCCGGUGAUUUACAAUAUACAUCCAGACGAACCUGCUGGCGCGAUCGCUUCUUCGGCAGACGACAUGGCGAAGUGGUUGUCAUGGCACCUACAGGGAGGAGUGACGUCAGACGGUGACGUCCUUCUCAAUAAGACAACUCUCCAAGACAUGUACACACCACGGGCGAUCAUCACUUCUCUCCCCUUACAGAAGUCAAGUAUCCAGUCACCUAUGAGACGUUUGGGUAUGGUUACGCCUGGGUCACGUCUUCUUAUAGAGGCUAUCCAGUGAUCUGGCAUAACGGCGGACUCUACAGUUAUCUGACCUACUUGGCUCUGUUAAAAGACCUUGAUCUUGGUAUCUUCAUCACCACCACUGGCUAUAAUACUCUAAAUGUGACGACUACCUUCCAGGAGAUCAUAUUCUACAUAACUGAUCUGUUCCUGGAGAAGAACCUUGGCUUAAUACAACAAACGCAUGCCAGUUUCCUCAGCCAUGGGUCAACACUACAGGUCAGACACCUUCAAAUGAUACAAUUAUUGUCCCUGGAGACAUCGAAAAUCCUCAAGACUUUGUGGGACAAUAUGAGAACAGUUGGUUGGAAACAUUGUCGUAGCUCAAAAUGGAAGCAAUGAACUGUUAGUGACCUAUGGCCGUAUAACAGGCAAACUACAUAAGACGAAAGACCGCAAUGUUCUUAUGAUGGAGAUAUACGGUCUGUUUGAUUUCUAUGCACAUCCAGGAGAUAGUGUGCAGUACCUUAACAUGACCUUUACAAGAGGAGAUCAGAAUGUAAAGUACCAACAGCUUCUGCUCCGUGCAACGACGGAAGAUCCAGCAGAAACUUUGGUUUAUUCGCGAACAAAUGUUUCUGCUCCUACAGGUGACACACUCAUCGGGCGUUAGAGAUGGUCGCCUUAUUUACUGCUGUAAUGAUUGUUCAGUAUAUUUUGGUACAGAUUCUCGUGUCUACAAGUCUAUAAAAAUGGAUGGAAGAAACACGUAGAAGGAAUUCUAUAUUGAGCAUUUUAGUGACCUGUCAUUCAAGUAAACCCAAUAUAUUAGAUACCGUAUCCUUCGUGUUCUUAUUCAAGUAGUCUAAGUGUAUGACCACACCACAGACUUUAUCUUAACUAUGAAGAAAAUCCAUCCUUAUUUAAGUAGUCAUAAUCACACAAGCUCAUGGGUUUUAUUUAUUUUAAGCGUGUAACAACAAAUAAUUUUAUUUUUUGUUUGAUUUUUAAAUGCGUUUGCCAGUUUGUAAUGUGGAUUGAUUGAUAGGAUAGUUGAUUCUUGAGUAUAUUUCUUCCCUAUAUUCGAAGGUGAAAGAACAAGGUGUCUUGUAUCGUGUAGUAACUAAAUGAGGGAGCUUCCCUUAUUUGAUUUUUAUAUAAAUCGUAUGAAGUUUUUGUAUAAAUUCACUGUAUUAUUAUUGGUUCUGUUUCUGUCUCCUCGUAAUUACAGCAGACGUAGAAGUGAAUUUAUGAAGUCGUAGGGUGUGCGUAAAGAUAAUAAUGGGGUGCCAUUUGUGAGUAAUGGAAAAAUACAAAUUCAAAACUGGUCCUGAAAGUGAUUUUUAUUUUUACAGAAAAAGUUAUGUUCAUAGAACUUGACACAGUGUCUGAUGAAUUUUAAUUUUCUGUAAUUUUUCGUACUGAUUACAUCCAUUUUUUAAAUUCGAUUCUUUGUAUUCUAUGAGAUAUUUCUAAUGUUUUCUGCCCGAUACUGAAACAUUGACACAUGAAACGUGAUUGUGUGUUUAUAUUAUGUAUUAGUGCUUCUUGUUCAAUCUGACAAUAAUUAUUACAUUGUAGUAUACAAUUAUUUUAUAUUAUGAAACAGUCGUAACAUAGUCAAUUACUGAUAGAAAAAUAAAUUCUACUAUACAGUAUAGUUGUUCCGUAAUAUUAUUUCUUAAUAUGUAAUGUGCAAAUGUGGCAGUUUUAUGACUGUCAGCAGCGGUGAUAGUAAAAGGUUUGACAAAUAUUUCUUUAGUUAGAAUUAUUUGUUUAUUGACAUGAGAAAAAUGAUAAUAAACUCAAUUUUGGAAGUCAGUUGUGGAGUCAACAGCUUGCCGUCC